CAGGCAGCAGCAGAGCAGACCCUGAAGAAAGUGAAUUAGAAAGCGCUGUGCAUCUCAGCCAAUCAGCGCCGAGCACGGUGGGAACGAGGCGCGGCCCGCAAGCACGGUCUCCUACAGGCUGAGUAAUCAGGCACCGAGGAGACGGAUCGAUCGAUCGGAGAGUGAUUGGCUGUGACUGCUGCUGUUAGGCGGCCCUUGGCAGAGACCGGAGACACCGGUGGGGCUGGCGGCGGGGACAUGAGAAACGGAGGCGGUCCUGAAACACUUGUGAGACUGCAAUGACAAGUCUGGACAGCAGCAAUGCAGAAAAAACACGGCAAACCACUUCCAAAGCAACAGCUCCAAAAGUGGAGGUCCAGCGUUCCAUUUCCAGAGAGACGAUCACCAUUCGCUUCUCUGCUAUUGGGAAGGAAGAGGAAGAAGAGGAAGAAAAACUUAGCGAAGACUUGGAUGACCAAAGCAUUGUAACAGCAGUAGAAGCCAAGGAAGAUCUCUGCUUCGAAACUGGUACACACUUGAUAACUAGUCCAGCUACCUCUCCCAGCAUGGCCAUAUUAGAGCCUUCAUCAUCAACACCACUAUCUGCCACUAUGCCAACCGGAAACACUGUCAAAACGUCUGAAGCUCUUCCCCUAUCCAAAGCGUUCAGUGCUGUGCCAUCACCUUUGUCAGCAUCAGCAUCUCAGCAAAGUCUCGAAGCAGUUGCUGCCAAUGUCUCAACUCCUACUGAACAGAGGCCAUUGCUGGUCUCUUCCCCAUCCAAAACUAUUGCUUUGUCCACGGCAUCAUCAUUGCCUGCCAUUUCUGGCCCAAAGCCUUUUCUGAGCUUAGUGAAGUCCCUUUCUACCGAGGUGGAGCCAAAAGAGACCACACCACCCAUACGGCACAGACAAUUAAUGAAAUCACUUGUAAAAUCAUUAUCCUCAGAUACUUCUAAGCAGGACCUGGAGAACACUUUACACAAGCCACCUGACUCAAACUUAAACUUACAUUUUUUUAAGCAGUUUACACAGCCCCGCGUUACAGGCGGAGACUCUAAAACUGCCCCUUCUUCUCCGAUCACCUCCCCUUCGGAUGGCCGCUCCUUUUUCAGAGUUACUGAAGUGGAAGCUAAAAUUGAAGACACUAAGAGGCGCUUCUCCGAAGUAAUCUAUGAGCCUUUCCAACUUCUCAGUAAAAUUAUGGGAGAUGAGUCUUCAAGCUACAGGCCUAAAGCCUUAUCUUCAAGUGCUUCAGAGCUCUCCAACCUUUCCAGUCUAAAUGGUCACCUAGAGAGCAAUAACAACUACAGCAUCAAGGAAGAAGAUGGAGAUUCUGAGGCUGAUUAUCUUACCAGUGAGCCCAAACUGUUGAUUGCCGAGAAAACUAAAACUCCAGGAGAACAUAAAAAGGAUUUCUCAAUCACACAGUCUGCAAAAGAUGCAGGCUUUAAAUUAUCUGCCUUGGCCCUUGAGAAGUGUUCCCUUUCUGUGCUGGCGAGUAAAGAGGAAGAUGAGUUCACCGAGCUAUACUCUGAAGACUUUGAUUUCGAAGAUCUGAAUGAGGAUCAUCUUGUUGAUGCUUCAGAAGACCCGGCCAGGGCUGGCUCUUUUUCCGAAGAUGAAGUUGAUUUAUAUGUGGAACAUUAUGAUAUACCUGUAAUAACCAUAUAUUUCCUCGUAUUAUUAGUAUACGGAUAUUUUAUAAUCCCCCUCCCUAGUUAUAUAGCUGGACUCUGUUUGGGAAUUGCUUUUGGAUUCAUGGCUGCUAUUGCUAUAAUUUGGCUUUUUGCAUCUCCUCGUUCUCACCAACGCAAGCUUAAUCCAUUUUACCGAGACUCCCAUGUUGAACCUCUGAAAAUCAGUGAGCCUGACAUACAGAAGGGAUGGAUGAAUGAGAUCCAGAACUACGAUCCAGAGACGUAUCAUGCCACCCUCACACACUCGGUCUUUGUUCGUCUGGAAGGUUCCACUCUGCGACUUUCUAAGCCCAACAAAAAUAUAUCCCGGAGGGCCAUUUACAAUGAGGCCAAGCCUGAGGUGGUCUAUGUGAGCCAGAAGAUCUAUGAUCUGGUAGACAGCAAAGUGCAUCUUGUCCCCAAGAGCCUGGCACGUAAGCGUUUGUGGAACAAGAAGUACCCGAUCUGCCUGGAACUUGCCCAGCAAGAUGACUUUAUGUCAAAAGCUCAGGUGGAUAAAGACAGCAGUGAGGAAAAAGCUGAGAAAGGGGACAGCCUGGCCGAGGACAGCAAAAAUAUCAACAGCCUGCAAGACGGCAACAAGCCCCCUGGAAACAGGGAUCAAGUGCUUUAUCUGUUUGGGAGGACAGGCAGGGAAAAGGAAGAAUGGUUUCGCAAGUUCCUUCUCGCCUCCAGAAUGAAAGCCGAGCUGAAAAAAACAGGAAUUAAAUCCGGGAUCCUGACACACAGCCGGAGCAGCAGCAAGGGUAGCAUGGAUGAAGUCAUGUCCCAGCCCCGGAACAAGGAGUUACCAGGAACCGUCAAGCAAAAAAUGCUGUUGGAUUACGAUGUUUACAUGGCAAGGUGUAUCCCGCAAGAGGAGAAGAGCCCAGAUGAGAGCCCCGUACACAGUGCUAACAGCAGUCCCACUGCAGCUAAAAAGAUCGAAACGGUUCAAGCACUGGAGGAGCAACAAGCCUGGGUCAACGCUUUGCUUGGGAGAAUGUUUUGGGACUUCCUGGGAGAGAAGUACUGGUCCGAUCUGGUGUCCAAAAAGAUUCAGAUGAAACUUAGUAAAAUAAAGCUGCCAUACUUUAUGAACGAACUGACGCUGACAGAACUCGAUAUGGGUGUCUCUGUGCCGAAAAUCCUCCAAGCCUUCAAUCCGACCAUCGACCACAGAGGUCUCUGGACAGAUCUGGAAAUUUCCUACAAAGGCUCUUUCCUUAUGACUUUAGAGACCAAGAUGAAUCUGACCAGAUUGGGUAAGGAGCCACUUGGAGAAGCCUUGAAAGUUGGAGAUAUCGGUAAAGAGGGCGCCAGACCAAGAGCAUAUUACCUAGCGGACAGCGAUGAGGAGUCAUCCAGUGCUGGUUCCUCUGAUGAAGAUGGUGCUCCAGAACUAACAGGGGAUAGACAGCUGACACCUGAGGGGUAUGCAGGACCACAUCGGACAAGCAAGAUAAUGAGAUUUGUGGACAAAAUUACGAAGUCCAAAUAUUUCCAGAAAGCCACAGAGACAGAAUUUAUAAAGAAGAAAAUUGAGGAGGUAUCAAAUACACCACUCCUGUUGACCGUGGAGGUACAGGAGUGUAAAGGAACACUAACAAUUAACAUUCCACCGCCACCUACUGACCGGAUAUGGUACGGGUUCCGGACGCCCCCACACCUGGAGCUGAAAGCUCGGCCAAAGCUCGGAGAGAGGGAGGUAACUCUGGCUCAUGUUACCGAGUGGAUUGAAAAGAAGCUGGAGCAGGAAUUCCAGAAAAUAUUUGUCAUGCCAAACAUGGACGAUGUUUAUGUGACAAUAAUGCACUCUGCCAUGGACCCCCGUUCUUGCACAGAAGCUGAGUCAGAGGCGGCGGACGCCCCUUGAAAUGUGAAGCCCCCCUGCUGUUUACAGUAUUAGACUUUUAUUUGCUAUUCUGUUGUAAGCUGUGCUGUGUAUCUCACAUCACCCCACUGGAUCAGCGAGACGGUGUCACUGUGGAGCUGAACUUGUGCAGGAUGUGUGUGAAGCAGGGGACUGUGUCUGUUUUGUUCUUGGAAGAAAAUUGCGCAAACACCAUUAAGAAGUUAUUUGCCUCAGUCAUUCUGUCAGACAUCAGUAGAGAUCAUACCCCAACAGAGAUGUACUCGCAUCUCACGUCUCUCCUUUGUCCAUAUUCAUUCCUACAAGCCCUGCCUUCCUGAGAAAUGAAAAUGGCUGCUGCUUGGCAAGCUGCUGAACUUUACUUACAAAAAAAUUCUAUUAGAAAAAUGGGUUUAUAAACUACCAGCAAUUUAUCAGAGCAGGAAGUAACUGCAAAAUAGUUUUCCAUUUAUGUCCAUUUCAUUACACCCACUUGUAGGACUAGGUAAGUCCCAUAAAUAGCUGUAUUAAACACUUAUGUGUUGUCAGCACAUUGUUUUCAGACCCUUCACAAGGAGCAACAUGUUUAGAGACAACUUGCCCCAUACAUCUGCAUCAUUGUUGAGAAAUCAGAGUAUCCUGGAGCUUGUGUUCAGCAGCUUCUUCUCAAAUGUGAUUUCAGUAGCAGAAGGGGAUAACGAACAUCCAGCAGUUCAUCUCUAAAUAGUGAAAUGUGGUGGUCUUGGUUCCAUGAAUAACAUCAGUUUGCACAGACCGGUCACCAUAUUUUGCAUAAAGUAAGCUGGAAUGGUAGCUCCACUUGUUGAUAGAGGAUAGGCCAUGGGGGAUUGCUCUGGAUUUCAGAUAACAUGCCUGACUAGGAUUACUCCGUCUUGUGUGGAAGGAAAGUGUUGGCGCUGUGUCACCUGUACUUGUCCCAGCAAUACAGCAAGUGGUAGUAGAUAGUCGGGAACACUGUAAACCUGUUCCUUGAGAUCGUUUACUGUGGCCAUAUAAAACAGUGUAAUGAUUUUUACUAAAGUAUAGCGUGCUGGGACGCCUUGGCCGCUCCUGCAUCCUAUUCACAUAAAACAAACAAAAAUAGCAGCGCUACAAUCAACAGAAUAAUUAGGACUAAAGUGAAACAAUCCAAAUUGGUUAUGAACAUAUGGAGAUGAAUGGACUGAGAAUGGAUGGGUACCAAAGUGUUUACUGGCAUAAAAAUACAAAUAAAAAUACAUAAACACUGAUAUAGAAAAAAAUAUUAAAAACAAUGACCAAGAUCACCAAGGGGCUACUGAGGUGAGUGUCCGUUCCUUAUUUUACGUGGACUUCAGAUGAAAAGAGAUCAAAUGAACAGUAGAACUGGUAGCACAGUCCUGUUGGUGAUAGUUACCAGAAUGAUUACCGCUGGAGGAGAAAGGAAACCUCUGGAUAGCGUCCCUUUUUUCUGGGUGGAAUCUCUGGGAUCCUAGGUCCUCACCAGAUUGCGGAGUCCUCAAUGCUGAGUUGAAAAUGUGGUAUCACCGGUUGCAUGUGUAGUUUGCUUGAUCAUCUGUAAAUUGUCAUCAAAGUCCACUAGAGGUCCGGAUGUGGCCCCUGUAGCCUUCAAUAUAUGGGUGAUCUGGAAUAAGCCUGACUCGUUUCGCUGCAGGGCCUGCAGCUUUUUCAAAGGUGAUCUCAAAAUCCUAUUCACAUAGCCUGAUGUCUUCAGACAAAUGAUUUUAAUUAUGAAGAAAGCUGUUCAUGCUUCCAGGUCUAACUGACCACUAGAGGAAGAGUUAAAAUAAAAUAAAAUCAGCAUGCAGGGAAGUAGAAGCUGCAUUUUCUAUUACAAUUCCUGGAUGGGGUUCCGAGGGUUCAGGCGGAUAAUUGGGGUACAUACACUUACGUUCUUUCUGUCUUCGGUACGUUGUACUGACUACAGGCAUAUGAACUGUUAAUGUCUGCGUUCUGUAUCACUGCCCAUUAACAUUAGCUCAUUAUGAUCAGCACAAUCUGCCGCUGGCUCUGUGGGACACUGAUUGCAGAAUUGUGCAGAUGAUCCUAUUAUUGUUGAUGAAUGUUGGGGCACUAGUACAAAAUGGCCGACUUAAAUUUCUGCGUAGUAUAGAUGCUAACCACGCUGCUUUGACCAAUAAGACAGGCACUACAGUGAAGAAUUAGAAAUGAUAAGCACUUUUUAAAGGUUUUAACAGUAAAGCUUGGCAAGUUUCCCCUUUAGUUAAAACGAGGAAACUCUGCUGUAAAAUGAAAGUAUAGGCAGAAAUAAUUGCAGCACCAUCUUGCAGGUGUCCCAGUAAAUGUCUGCUUCACUUUUAUACAAUGACCAAAUCUUUUCCUAGGCAAAAUUACAGCACUGCCCGCUUCAAUUACAACUUACAUAAAAGAAUAAGCUGCAACUAUAGAAAAUAUUUUGGUGAUCUGUACCCUAUGAAGAAUGAAUUUACACUUCUAAAAUGAAGAUUUAAUUUCAGUUUAGAGAAUUACUCCUGUAAUUAUUUUUUAUUUAUUGUAUAAUGCUAUUUUUGUGUGAUAUGUAUAGAAAGAGCAAAAGAUUCUUUAUAUAGUGACGUACAAUCGCAAAGUCUUGUGCUAAAUUAAUGGUCUUCUGAAGAGUUUGUGAUCGCUAUCUAGCACAGCAAGUACAAGGAAUCUUCUAUUUGUGAAGCUUCUAAUAGGGGAGGGGGCGCACAAAAAAGCUCACAUUUUUUGUCUCCGGAGUUCUCGAUCACUCAAUCAAAAUUUUAGCAGUGCCAUGUAAGUGCAACUGCAUUAAAUGCAUGAGGCAAGAUGGCCUCCCUCUAGCCAGUCUUUCCUCCUGGUGCCAUGGCGCCCUCUGCCCUUCCCCUUCUCCCCAGACACAUAUAUUAUUUUCUUACAGCUUUGCACAUUUGAGUUCUGGUAAAAUUGCCAAGUUUAUUUUGCGCCUGUUGGCUGACAUUUUGUUUACAGUAAUGUCAGAUAUGAGAAUAAUUUUAUCUGGAUUUAUUUUAUAUAUAUUUUUUAAAUGUUUUCUAAUUUUGUGUUAAAAACAUUCAUUUUUGUGCAUUCUGAUUUAGAGCUUCUGAAUUUAUAGAUAUAUUUUCUUGUUCUCUACAUUUAAUUAAUACAUUUAUCUUUAAACCUGUUACGUUUUGCCUAUCCAUUGAGUAGAUCGGCAGUUCGUAUUAUAACACAUUUGAUGCUGGAUGUCUCUGUGCUGUCAGUGGAUUUCGCUGUCUUUCCAGUGUCCUAAAAUUUGCCGUAAACUGUGAAGAUUUCCUUGCGUAGGUGGGACCCUUUUGACACCACAUCCAGUCUAAACCGUAUUGGCCUGUAAACAGUCAUAUAAAGAAUGAAUGGGAGGGUGGAAUAUAGUAAUGGUACUCCAGUUGCUUAAAAUGUUGUUUGAAAGAUUUGUAAAAAUAUUUUGUUCGACACAGCAUAUUUGUUUUACAGUCUGCAUACGAUAACCGGUACAAAUUCCUGCUCAUGGAGGGUAAUUUGUCUUCAACAUAGGGAAGAAUUCAUUUGAGGGCGAUGGAUUCACGACAACGGGAUCUUGCUCAAAAGUGUUUUGCUACCCCAUGGGGGUAUCGAGCACUUUUGAGCGAUUCGGCCGGGCAAAGGGUGCGAGUUUGGCUGAUGUCGCUGGCAUUUAAACGCUGCGACAACGGCAAUCCCAUCCUUCGACCUCAAUUUAAUUCCCCCUUACUUUGAAAGGUUGUAACAACAGUCUGACAUGUAUUCUGUAAAAAUAGAAUACUCAAAAUAAUGUGAGAGGAUUUUUAUAGAAAACAGCAAAAAAAAAAAUUUUUCUUUUAUGAAAUAAAUGUUCCUUUUUAUACUUAGUUUUACACAGUAUAUUUUAUGGCAAAGUCAUAUCUUCAAAUUGUAAACUGCUCGAUUUGUUUAUGGGUGUAUCAUUUUAUAAUAUGUGGCACUGAGUGUUAGUGAGGGUUGGAAGUGGAAAUUAAGCCAUUUUUUCCCAAGUAUUUACAAUUCUAAACGAAGACACAGUUAGGUGCUGUAGGUCCCGUGUUCUGGCAGACAUCACCAAUGGGGUGUAGUAUGGUAUGCCGGCGGUUGGGCUCCCGGUGACCAGCAUACCGGCGCUGGGAACCCGACCGCCGGCUUACUGACCGUGUGGCGGGUGCAAAUGAGCCCCUUGCGGGCACGGUGGCGCGCUAUGCUAUUUUAUUCUCCCUCCAGGGGGGUCGUGGAGAAUAAGUGUCGGUAUGCCGGCUGUCAGGAUUCCGGCGCCGGUAUACUGUGCGCCGGGAUCCCGACAGUCGGCAUACUGAAGACCACCCCACCAAUGACCUCAUCCUGUUUUGGUCAAAUGUGCUCAUCUUUUAUAAUAUAACACCGUAAAUCUGAACUCUUUAUGGUAGUCAAAACAAGUUCAUCGUGAGAAAAGUGGUUCCAUUAUGAAAUAGAAUGAAAUGUACAUUUGUGAUGUUUUCACCUCAUAAAGAUAUCUCACAGUUUACAGCAAACCUAUCAAUGCACUAUAUAUUAUGAAGAGGAUGGCCGCAUGGACUCUCAGGUGGUGGUUCCACCUGGAGAAGAAAGGGUCCAAUUCUGACACCUGGGAAAAUUAUUGAAAUAUGAAAGUGUAUCCGUGUUUGUUGGUUAAUAAUUAAUCAGCUGCUCCCCUGGUUUUUGUCAAUGUUCAUGUUUUGUCUGUCUCUGUUGUGCGCACAGCGCCCUCUACCGGUCUUCAGACUUUAUGCACUAACGCGCCCAGCUGUUCUGAUUCUGUGUUCACGCUGCACUUGGUCAAAAUUGGAGGAUAACCAAAAUAUGCUUGCUGUUUUAUUAAAUAAGUAAAAAAUAAA